CUUCAAUGUAUAUAUAAACCAUAAGAAACACGUAGUUCUCCCGGUUGAUACAUUAGGUCAAUCCAAUGAAUCGUAUCACAUCAUUGAAAAGCCUACGGGUGCCACAAGUACCUAAUGGCAAAUUAACUAUACAUACUAUAUCGGAAGCUGCAUUCCCUGUUAAUAACAGAAAUUUACGCAAAAUCCCAUCGACCAAAUUUACCACAAUUUGUUAUAAUGGGUAUUCGAAAAAACUAAAGUUGUAUACAGCAGUAUAUUCAAGACCAUUUUCAACCGAUCAACAAAAGGUUGACACAUAUGAAUUCAAAGCGGAAAUUCAAAAGCUGCUACAAAUAGUUGCACAUUCAUUAUAUACGGACAAAGAAGUCUUCGUCAGAGAACUUAUCAGCAAUGCAAGUGACGCAUUGGAGAAGCUAAGAUUCUUAGAAGCAACACAAGAAAACUUAGCUACAAGCAAAGUAGACCCUGAAGUAGCAUAUAAAAUUAAAAUUUCAACAAAUCCAGAGGAGAAGACCUUCACAAUUGAGGACACCGGUGUUGGCAUGACAAAAGAUGAAAUAAUAAAUAAUCUUGGUACAAUCGCUAAAUCUGGAUCACUAGCAUUCCUGGAAGAUUCCGCUCUCAACGCAAAGGAUAAAGCUAACGCUAUCAUUGGACAAUUUGGUGUCGGAUUCUAUAGUAGUUUCGUCGUGUCCAAUAAAGUGGAAGUAUUCACCAGAAGCUAUGAUCCAGAAAAGGGAGAAAAGGGUUACCACUGGGUAUCAGAUGGUACUGGAUCGUUCACAAUACGGGAAGUUCAAGAAUUACCUAGAGGGACUAAAAUAGUAUGCCACCUGAGAGAUGAUUGCGUUGUCUUCGCAAAUACCGCCAAUGUUAAAAAAGUAGCAGAGAAGUUCUCAGCAUUUGUAAACUUCCCACUAUAUAUACAGGAAAAGGAUGCAGAAACUGAGAUUACAACACAAAAGCCAUUGUGGAUUGAGAAAAACGCGUCGGAUGAAGAACAUACAAAGUUCUUCAGGUAUCUCAAUAACACUUCCUGGGGAGAGCCAAUGUACAAAAUACUCUUCCAUUCAGAUGUGCCGCUAUCAAUCAAAUCAUUGUUGUACAUACCAGAAGAUGCGCCAAGCAAAUUGUUCCAUAAUACCAAUGAAGUUGGAGUCUCUCUGCACUCAAGGAAAAUACUUAUCCAGAAAUCGGCAACCGCCAUCAUACCAAAAUGGCUUUUCUUCAUAAAAGGUGUUAUAGAUUGCGAAGAUAUACCACUCAACGUAAGUCGAGAGCUUGUGCAAGACAGUCAACUGGUAAAGAAGCUAGGAAAUACUGUAGUAAAAAGAAUACUUAAGUUUUUCCAUGAACAAAGCAAAAAGGAUCCUGAAAAAUUCAGAAAGUUUUACGAUAAGUACAACUACUACAUUAAGGAAGGGGUACUGGAUGAAUCACAUAAUAACGGACCAUACAAACAGCAACUUAUGCAACUGCUGAGGUAUGAAUCAUCCAUGGGAGAACAGAACGAACUUAUUACACUAGAUGAAUACAUCAAUACCAUGAAGGAAAACCAAAAGAAUAUAUACUACUUCUGUGCAGCAAACAGAGAAACUGCACUGGCUAGCCCAUACAUGGAGACAUUCAAGAAGAGAAAUAGGAAUGUACUGCUGCUAUAUGAGGACAUUGAUGAAUUUGUAUCCAUGAAUAUUCAAGACUAUAAUGGCAAGAAAAUGGUAGCCAUUGAUUCGCCAGUUGAUGAUUUCGAACCCGAUCUUGAAACUAUCGAAAAUGAGGGGGUAGAAGUCGAAAUGUUAACGGAAGAACAAAAGGAGUCUUUGUCAAAGUUCGUACAAAGUACACUGGGAUCUAAAGUUAAUGCGGUCAAGUUCUCAGAUCGGCUGGUAGACUCGCCAGCAGUAGUCACUGGGUUCCUCUCAGCAGCGCUGAGGAAGGUCAUGAAGGCAACUAUGAAAGGUGCACCAAAUGCAGGAGAAAGUCUAUCAUCAAUGCCUGCAACAUUGGAAAUCAACCCGAAGCACAAAUUGUGCUCCACCAUAUACCACGUUAUGCAGCACGAUGAGGCAGUAGCUAAGAUGCUAAUAGAACAACUCUACGACAACGCAUCAAUAGCGGCGGGGAUAGUAGAUGAUCCACGGUCUAUGCUGACAAGACUAAACAACAUGCUUACACUCACAGCAGACUACGCUCGCAAAACCGUUAAUUAAUAUGAUGAGUUGCC